GUCAGAUCUACCCAUAUUCAGAAGGGUUUCAACCCACGGGGCACCAAAGCCCGCCCCAUAAAUUGCCAUGAGUCAUGAGCUUCAAGCAAAGUAGCUAGCCACCGGAGUCCACCACGAAGGGCACAGACGGUGAAGAAAAAAAUGGGGAUUGAAUCAUCCGGAGAAUGGUUGGAGAAAGCUUUAAUGGAGCUCUGCAAGAAGAUCGAGACGGGUCUCGAUUUGGAUGGGGAAAUCAUAACGGGCCUCGUCUCCUACUGCGAGAUGGCUUCCCCACUCGACGCGAAGGAGUAUCUCGAUAACAUCAUUGGAGAAGAUGCUGGCAAAACUGUAACCGAAGAGUACUUAAAAAGGAGAGGCCACUCGACAGUCCCCAACACCCACCAACAAUAUACUUCAACAACAUCUGAUCUCCAAGCCUAUGUCAAACCACGCGCAGACGAGGGCACAAUCCCGACUAAAAAAACACAGAAACCGCCAAAAGAAGCUAUCCCUUCCUCGAGUCAGGACAACCGAACUCAAAACACGAAUCCUUCCACAAGCCGGAAGAAAAAAUCAGGAAAAGUCGUUUCUCUAGCCGAGGCCGCAAAAGGGUCGAUCGUAUUUCAGAAAGGCAAGCCGUGUUCGUGUCAGGCUCGUCGGCACAUGUUGAUCAGCAACUGCUUGUCAUGUGGGAAGAUAGUGUGUGAGCAAGAAGGCGAGGGCCCGUGCAGCUUCUGUGGGGCCCUCGUGCUGAAGGAAGGAAGCAAAUAUGCUGGUCUGGACGAGGGUGUGAUGCUAGUGACUGAUGCUGAGGCUGCUGCUGAAGCUUAUGCGAAGAGGCUCGUCGACUAUGACCGUAACUCGGCUGCUCGGACGAAGGUUAUUGACGAUCAGAGUGACUAUUAUGAACUUGAGUCGAACACCUGGCUCUCGAAUGAGACAUUUCUUUUGUCUCAGGAAAAAGAGCUUUUGAGGAAGAAAAGGGAGGAGUUGGAAGAAGCUGAACGGGCCAAGAGAAGUAAAGUAGUUAUGACAAUUGAUCUGCUUGGCCGCAAGGUGCUGUUGAAUGAAGACGAAGCUUCUGAAGAAAUGCAAAACAGCAUACUGCUUAGACCGCCCGAGGAAAGAGAAGAAGUUCGGAUCAAACCAAACCCAAAUCUUAAAAUUCAACCAGUAUUCAUCGACCCAUGUCCUAGAAAAGCUUCCAAGGAGAAAAGUUUAACCAGCCUAAGCACUGGCUUGUGCUUGGAGAUAAGUGGGAGGGUACAACAUGGCACUAACGAACUCGAUGUCUUGUGACGAGUCACUUAAACAAUUCUUUGGAUGACCGUUAUUUUACUUCUUCUGGAGUUUUUGUCUGAACUGUGCAUGAGGCUAUAAUUUUAGCACAACUUGAAGCUGACUGCUAUGUUUCUAUGUGAGAUUGAUUGGGGUUCUGUCUGGUUUUGAUAUUGAUAGGAAAUAUGCUCUGCUUGUAUGAUCAUUAUCCAUUAAUAUUCACUAAAUUGGUUGGUUAUAUAUAAUAAUUUAUGGGAUGACUAUAGUCCCGUUGACGGAUGAUUUCGUCAGUAUUUUCUACUGUAAUAUUAUCUACACUAAAUUGAUCUACAUGUAUAUCUCCGGAAGAAAAUACUGAUUCCAUCAAUGGGACUGUAGUGCCUCUCUAAUUUAUG